GGUUCUCCCAGUUCUACAGCGAAAACAGUCAGAGCGUGGAAGAUGUACGAGAAAAGACGUUGGACUGGGUUGCUGGCUAUCGUGUUCUUCUACAUCGUCAUACUUGCUGUGGGAAUAUGGGCUGGUCGAAAGACGUCUCACAAGGACGGCGACGGCACGCCCAUAGGUGAAGGCUCGCACAUUAUGCUGGCUGGACGAAACAUCGGCCACUUCGUCGGGAUCUUUACCAUGACAGCCACGUGGGUUGGAGGAGGCUACAUCAAUGGUACGGCCGAGAUCAUCUACACACAGGGACUCGUUUGGUGCCAAGCUCCCUUUGGCUAUGCCAUCAGUUUGAUCAUUGGCGGCCAACUGUUUGCAGCCAAGAUGCGUAAUGCCGGCUACAAGACCAUGUUGGACCCUUUCCAGCAACACUACGGAGCACGUAUCGGAGGGUUGCUUUUUGUGCCGGCGCUCUGCGGGGAAGUCUUCUGGUCAGCAGCAAUAUUGGCUGCACUUGGUUCAACGGUGAAGGUUGUCAUGGAUCUGAACCAGAGAGAGUCCGUCAUCGCUUCUGCCUGCGUCGCUCUCUUUUACACGCUUACCGGCGGUUUAUAUUCGGUGGCCUACACUGACGUUGUGCAGCUCGGCGCCAUCGUUUUUGGCCUGUGGCUGUGCAUUCCUUUUAUAUUGUCCCAAAAGUACGUGGGCAAGGUGAACUUCCCUUCAAAUGACUACGUGGGUAGUCUGGACUGGGGACAGUUCGGAGCCUAUUGGGAUAGCAUGCUUCUGCUCAUGAUGGGUGGCGUCCCGUGGCAGGUGUACUUUCAACGAGUACUUUCAAGCAAGACUGCGGAAGGAGCUGAGCUCUUAUCGUACAUGGCUUCAUUUGGUUGCGUUCUUAUGGCUGUUCCCCCCGUCGUCAUCGGCGCAGCGGCCAAAGUAGCCAAUUUUACGGCCCUGGGAUACUCAGGUCGCCUCCCUCUGAGUCCCGACGAGGCGUCCCUCGUCCUGCCGUUGUCUCUACAGUAUCUGACUCCACCUUUAGUCUCUGCUAUAGGACUGGGAGCCGUCUCAGCUGCAGUGAUGUCUUCCUCGGACUCGUCUAUCCUUAGCGCGGCCUCCAUGUUCGCCUGGAACAUCUACAAGUUGUCUUUACGCCAGUCUGCGUCCGAUAAAGAGGUUAUCUGCGUGAUGCGGGUGGCCAUAUUGUUGGUUGGCGCUCUGGCAACUCUUAUGGCACUCACCGCAAGAUCUGUCUACAGCCUCUGGUCCUUGUCUUCAGACCUUGUGUACGUCAUACUCUUUCCACAACUCGUCUGCGUCGUUUACUUCAAGGACCGCACCAACGCCUACGGGGCGGUGGCAGCUUACAUCGUUGCAGUCGUCUUCAGAGCCGUUGGCGGGGACAGUACAUUGGGCAUUCCGGUUAUCCUGAAGUACCCUUUCUUCUCUGAGCAUGACGGCCAGCGUUUCCCGUUUAAGACCUUCGCUAUGAUGAUGUCCUUCGUGACGCUUAUAUGUUCUUCCGUGGUGUUCAAGUCCAUGUUCCUGAAAUUGCCUCCCAAAUACGACAUCUUCAACUGCUUCGAUAAGUUGGAUCGCAGAAAGUCCAAGACUUCGCUUAUCUCCAGUCGGCAGCAGUCCAUACCUGGAGGUGGUCCAGAACAUCAGGCGGAUGUUGUUCCAGCUAUUGUUGGUCCAGUUCAACAGGGUCCAGUUCAACAGGGUCCAGUCCAACAGGGUCCAGUCCAACAGGGUCCAGUCCAACAGGGUCCAGUCCAACAGGGUCCAGUCCAACAGGGUCCAGUUCAACAGGGUCCCGUCCUAGUAGAGGCUGCUGCCAAGGAGAUGCCUGCAGAUGCCGAGGCGCCACCGUUAACUGAAUCUACAGUCAUAUCGAAGCGGAAAGAGCGGAAGAAGAAGGCGGGGUCUUCACGUAUCGAAGGCACUUCGGACGUCGCUUCGGAAUCGGGAACGAUAACGAGAACGACAACGAGAGAAGGAAAGUCCAAGAAGAAAAAGAGGGGACAUGCCUCCAGGCAGUCAACGACGUAAACCAUCCCAAAAUAUAAUGAUAUAUAGAUAAAAUAGAAGGUGCGACACCAAAAUCA